CAACAAUUCAACAAUUCAACAAUUCAACCAUUAUUACUGUAGCUAUAUCCACCAUAUCCUCCUCUCCAUAGUAUCCUCUACCAUCCCAUCUCCCCUUACUACUUGAAUGCCGUCCCUAUCCUCUUUCCUCGCACUUCUCCCUCCACAACGCCCCGUCACUCCCUUUGACUACAACCUCGGAUUUUUCAAUGCCUUCUUGACAACUGUCAUCCUCUCCUUGCCUCACCAUGGCCCCUGGAGGCUAUUCAGAAUAGCUAUCGCCGCCCCCUUAAUAUCUGCAAUAUGGGGCUAUCUUAUGUUCGUCCCAGUUACGGAGAGCAAUUACGAUCAUUGGGGGAUACCCAUCUUACUACUGAGCUUUAUAUUCAGAACGUACGAGCUUCUCGUCUUUUUCCCCGCUGAAGAGCAUACACAUCGUUUCAUUCCCCGCUCAAAUCCUCGCCCACCUUUAAAAGUAUCGGCUCUCAAGCCUCCUUCAUCAUCUGAUGAUACCCAACCUCUAGUACCCGAGCGUGUCCCAGCUCCUUAUACACUCGCCAAAUUCUAUUGGGCUACCUCCCUUUGGUGGUCAUGGAGAGGUGUAGGGUGGAAUUAUUGCUGUCCUCUUCCAUCCUCUUCGAGACGCGAGCCCUACACAAAAGGGUCACCAAGACGGGCAUACUUCUUUUCAAGAUUAACUUUUCUUGCGGCAGCUUGGCUGUUCUACGACUUUAUGCGUUCCCUUAUGAAUCUCACAUCUGCUCGAGCCUUCUUUCACCCAAAUCCUACUCUCACUUACACCGACCUCACCCUGGGCCAAAAGGCCAUAUAUAGCAUCAUGGUCGUCACUCGUACGUGGUAUGGGCUCAACCUUUCCCACGUGCUCGCGGCAUUGCUGUUUGUAGGUAUUGGAGGACUGAUGGGCUGGGAGGGGGAGAUGUGGAGUCCAUGGGGAUGGCCUCCAUUGUUUGGCAAUUUUACAGAGUUGUGGAAGUACCCUGGGUUGUCGACGAUGUGGUCGCGGACAUGGCAAGGAUUCAACCGCCGAUGGCUGUAUGUGUUUGGGUGGAUAGGCAUAUCAGAAAAGGUGUUUCAUUUGACACACACUGGGCUGUCAUCUCACCCUUCUGUACCACCCGACUCAUCUUCCUCCGCCAAUACUCCAUCUCCAUCAGGAAGAGUAUCUCCCAAUCAUCCAAUACCUACCAGUCCCACCCAACUGCCUUCAAAACGCAUGACUCCGAUGCUCAUGUUCCAAAAUCUGGUCAAGUCGACCAUUGUCUUUGGCUUAUCAGGUCUGCAGCAUGACUGCGGAACGUUGGUACUCCUGAUGAAGACCCAUCCCGGCAAGAUUAGAUAUUUUAAAGACAUUUUGAUUCUUACCCCCUUUUUUGUGAUACAGCCGCUCGCUCUCGCAGCCGAGGCAACGGUCAAAACCACAUGGCGGGGAUGGAAAUUCCGCACACACCCGACAUGGAAGCUUGGUAAACAACCUGGGUGGCUGAUUUUUGUAGAAAGACUACUUGGCUUUAUCUGGACGUGGGUGUGGUUGGGGUGGUCCGCUGGGUGGUUCGUGCGAGGGACGACGGAGGCGGGAGCUUAUUGGAUGCAGGAGGGCGAGAGGUAUCCCAGUUUGGUGGGCGGGCUUGUGUGGAAUAAAUGGACGCAUUAGGACGUGCAUGGAUAUAUAGAGAUUUAGAGGAUGUGCAUGCAUAGAGUGUU